CAGCAUAAAAUAUUUGCUUUCUGAUUCCACAUAAAGAACUUCAGCUUUCUCAGGAAACUUGGAGCUCUUUGGAAGCCAAGCAUUCCACAAUGAAGAGCUUUCUGGCUUUCCUUGUUGCAGUGGGCAGCAUGGUGACCCUGGGGGAUGCAUCCUGCUUUACUGUACUUCAAGUUCCAGGGAAGCCCUACAGAGGGUGUACAUGGAAAGGAAAACUGUAUCCCUUUGGACACAUUGAGAGGACAGAAGAUUGCUACCAAUGUGACUGCAGUCCAGGUGCAAUGGAAUGCUGCUCCCUCUUUCACACUCCUGUUUCUUACGACAAAAAGAAAUGUAAAGUUGUUUUCAACAAGAAGCGCUGUGAGUAUAACGUGGUGCAGAAGGACGACCCCUCAAAGGUGUGUUUUGCCUUUUCUGCUGUGGGCUAA